AUGGUCAUUGCUGUAGCAAUGUUUGAAGGAAGUGAGCUGAAGAGUCAUCCAUCCGUACUCUACAUCACCACCAUUGACGUGCCCAGGCUGGCUUUCCCUGCGGAAAAGAAGGGUAAGCCAUCGCUCCAACUGCACAUCCACACAAAAAUCUACGUAAGAAUGCAGACACACAUACAUGUACGACUCUAUAUGUGCUCAUACUUUUGCGUGUUUGUCCACCUGUGCUCUGCCAAUACGAGUAUGGGUGUGAGAUUAUAUAUAUAUAUAUAUAUAUAUGCAUAUUUAUACUUGUGCAUAAAUAUACUUAUUCAGUCCUAUGAGCAAAACACAGGGGAACGUAGAGACGUUCUGAGGUCAUGUAAAGGCGAAAACGGGGGAGAUCUCUGCCCUCAGACUGCAACGGAACUGAGUGCUUAG